AUGGCCGCAAGCGUUUCUCCAACGAUCCAGAGUGGAUCGGUUCACCUAGAGUCGAAUCCCAAUCGGAUGCUGUCCUCUGAGCAGCUCAAGAUGCAAGCCUACCCUGACCAUCAGCAGCAACAGCAGCAACAACAACAACAACAGCCCACACUGCAGCAACAGGAGCAACAGCAGCAACAGCAGCAGCAGUUCUACGACGACUUGGCCCCUCCCCCCCCAUCAAAGGACGACGACCAGCCUCCUCUGGACGAGCAGCAGCAGGAACAAAUGCAAUCGGAGGAGCAGCAACGAUACCAAUACGAGCAGCAGAUGUACUACCAGCAACAACAACAGCAGCAGCAGCAGUACGAGCAGGAAAUGAUGUACCAGCAACAACAGAUGGCGACUGGCGGUCUCCUUCCUGGAAGCGCAGAGUGGCAACAACAACAAAUGCUCAUGCAACAGCAGAUGCAACAACAGAUGGAACAGCCAGAAUCUCCCAAUGGCGACCAGUCGCUCCUGUCGCAUGCCCAUCUCAAGCCAGGCCACAAAGCGACCUUGCUCUCCUACACCCAGACGCUGGAACUCUACCGCCAAAACGCUAAGAAGACGAACGACCCCGAGCUGCAGUUUGAGUUUGCGGCCUUCAUGAUCGAUGCCGGCAAGCCCUUGGAGGAUCCACAGACGAGGGCAGAGCUGUUUGACGAGGCCAUGAAGCUCCUCCGCAAGCUGGCCACCAAUGGCCAUGCCGAAUCGCAGCACUACCUCGCCGAAUGCUUUGCCUCUGGUUUCGCAAAGGGCAAGCCUGACUUUGACAAGGCCUUCCCUCUUUGGGUCCAGGCCUCGAAACACGGACAUCCCGAUGCUGCCUACCGUACAGGACGAUGCUAUGAUGAGGGAUUGGGCACUCGCAAGGACAAUGCCAGGGCGGUCCAAUUUUACAGGAAAGCAGCGUCGGCUAAUCACCCCGGAGCUAUGUGGCGUUUAGGCGUUGUUACUCUGUACGGAGAGCUUGGAUUGGCGGCGUCACCCAGAGAUGGAGUCAAGUGGUUGAAGCGAUCAUCUCAGGCAGCAACACCCGAGUUCCCGUUUGCGCUGUACGAGUUGGCGCAGCUGCACGAGCGUGGUAUUGAGAAUAUUGUGUUUGUGGAUCCCGAGUAUUCGGUGUCGUUGUACUCUCAGGCGGCCGAAUUGGGACAUGCGGCGUCGGCGUUCCGUCUGGGCGAGUGCUGGGAGUAUGGCAAGCUCGGAUGCAAACAGGACCCUCGACUGUCGAUCCAUUACUACACACUUGCGGCACAGCAGGAGCAUCCAGAGGCAUGUUUUGCAUUGGCGGCAUGGUACCUUGUGGGCUCCCAAGGGAUCUUGCCCCAGUCGGAUGCAGAGGCAUAUAUCUGGGCCAAGCGUGCUGCGGAGAAGGAUUUGCCCAAGGCGCUCUAUGCGAUGGGAUAUUUCACUGAGGUUGGGAUUGGCCCACGCAAGGACAUGGAGGAGGCGAUUGAGUGGUACAAGAAGGCGUCUCUUGCUGGAGACAAGCGUGCGACGGAGCGUCUUGAGGGUGUGCCUGUUGACGCCAAGAAGGGUGACAAGGGCAACAAUGAGAAGUGCACCAUUAUGUAA